ACUAAAAAUCUCCAAUCAAAUGAAUCAAUCACACACAGCUUCUCUUUUGCCUAGAGCUAUGUGUCUCUCUCUCAGUGGCUUCUCCAGGACUUCACACCUCGAACUUACUUGCUCUCCACGGAUCUCUUCCCCUCUCAAACAAAAAAACAAAACAACAUUUCUCCCUUUCCAAUUAAAUUUCUUCAACAAGCUCCUCUAUUUAAGCUCGCUUUCAGCCUUUCCUUCAACUUUCUUUAACUGUUUCUUUCUUCAACAAUUCCCCCCUCCUCCUUUCCCCUUCCUCCUUUUCCGCGAGCUUGAAAAAACAGGUUCUUAUCAUUCAUCUCUAGCUAGUUUGAAUUUGAAUUUGAAUUUGAAUACAUGGAAGAGCCGACCGUGCUGAACAACGUCAGAGGCGGCGAGGAAAUGCUGGAUUUGCCGCCGGGGUUCCGUUUCCACCCCACCGACGAGGAAAUCAUCACUCAUUACCUCACCCCCAAGGUCAAGGACGACACCUUCGCCGCCGUCGCCGUCGGAGAAGCCGAUCUCAACAAGUCCGAGCCCUGGGACCUCCCCAGCAAGGCGAAGAUGGGGGAGAAAGAGUGGUACUUCUUCUGCCAGAGGGACAAGAAGUACCCUACGGGGAUGAGGACGAAUCGCGCGACGGAGGCUGGAUACUGGAAGGCCACCGGAAAAGACAAGGAGAUUUUCCGGGGAAGAGGCUGCCUCGUCGGGAUGAAGAAGACGCUGGUGUUCUAUCGCGGCAGAGCUCCCAAGGGAGAGAAAACCAAUUGGGUCAUGCACGAAUACCGCCUCGACGGCAACUUCUCCUACUACUCCUUCCCCAAAGCUUCAAAGGACGAAUGGGUUGUAUGUAGAGUGUUCCACAAGAAUCCGGCGGCGGGGGCGGUGGGCGGCGGCGGCGGAGGAGGAGUGUUGAUGAAGAGAGCUUCUCCGAUGGAAGAUUUCCUGGCGAGGGCGAAUUCCUUCGGCAACGGCGACGAUUUCCUGUUGGACGCUUCCUUGUCGCUGCCGCCCUUGAUGGAUCUCCCGUACGGCGGCACCGAGUUCGCUAAACCGACGUCCUCUGGAGUGGUGGGGGAAGGCAGUUCCAAUUCCAAUUACGGCGGCUUCCCCAAUUCCUUUAUUAACGUCAACAAUUACCGUCAGUACACUUUCCCCAACCCGGCGGCCACGACGGGUUAUAAUUUGCACGGCUACGGAAGGGACGACGGCGGGCGGCAGUGCAAGGCGGAGCAGUCGAUGGUGAGCCUUUCGCAGGAGACGGGGCUGAGCACGGACAACAUGAGCGGCGCGGCGCCGGAGAUAUCGUCGAGCGUCGGAGGGAAGGGGUACGAUGGGUUGGAGGAUCCGACGUCGUCCGGUAUGGCUGGAUUGGACUGUUUCUGGGAUAAUUACUGAUCCAUCCUCAUUGUUUGAUUAAUAAUUCGUCAUCAAGGGUAAUUAUAAUUAGGAUUUAAGAGAUCGGGAGGAAAAGGGACAGUGAUUAAUUCUCCCUCCUUUUUUUUUCUUUCUUUCUACUUACAACAUUUGAUUAGGUAGAAAUUGGUGGGGGUUUUUAUUUUUUUUAAAUUUCUCUGUACAGAUUGUGGUGUUGUUGUUAAUUACCUCAUCGCUAGUGUUGUUAAGAGCUCUAACCUCGUGCUGCAGAGGUACAAAUCUGCAAAUUUUAUUAACAGCUAUACAUACCAGAAAAAAAGAGAGAGAGCUGUAUUAUAUAUAUAUAUAUAUAUACCAUUGUAAAACAUUCAUAUGAAAUGGUAAUUUAUCUGAUGGUAUUUUUAUUUA